AUGCGCGAAAAGCAUGGCUACUUCAUCGAAGACCUGUCGCCGAAGAUGACGGCGGUGUUCGCCAAGACGGUAACCGAGGCCGAUAUUACGAUGUUUGCCGGCAUCUCCGGUGACACCAAUCCGGUUCACCUGGACGAGAGCUUUGCCGAGCAGACCAUGUUCUCCGGCCGUAUCGCCCACGGCAUGCUGUCCGCGAGCUUCAUCUCGACGGUAUUCGGAACCCGUCUGCCCGGGCCCGGCUGCAUCUAUCUGCGCCAGGAUCUGCGGUUCAAGGCGCCGGUCAAGGUCGGCGAUACCGUCGAAGCGCGGGUCACGGUGCGGGAGAUCCAGGCCGAGAGAAAGCGGGUCAUCUUCGACACCGUCUGCACGGUCGGCGAGACGGUGGUCCUGGAGGGCGAGGCGACCUUGAUGGUGGCCAGCCGCAAGGACCUGCCCGACGCCGAACCCGAAGCGGCGGAAUAG